AUGGAAGUCUUGCGGCCUGGUGGCCGAGUGCUGUUGCACAGCUUGGCAGCCGAAGAGCUGAAUGGAAGCGUUGGAGAGUUACAAGCAUUCCAUGAAGACAAAGGUAGAUGGGCUGUCAUAGUGGGCAAUGCUCCAAAGCUGUUGAAACCUGGGAAUCUGAAGGCCAUCGAUGCCAUCGACCCUGUGAAAGCGAGCAUCACUGCUGAGGUCCUCGGUGAAGACAUUUUCAUGCGGAUUUGCCACUUCCUCCCGGCAGCAAUUGUAACUGCUACUGGGAACUGCAGCAGAAAUGUGCACAAACAGUUGAAGGAAAGCAUCUCUUUGUGGCAAUCCUUGUGCUAUUCCUUGUUGGAUGAAGCAGUAAUUACUCUGCAUUUGGCCGCUUCAGAUGGUGGAGUUUACGCAGAUCAAACUGCAGAAUUCUGGAGGACUCUCUUUCGUUCAGGCUACAAGGCAGAUGCGUUUUACUAUGAACAUAGUCUCCGACAGCGAUGUUUGCACUCAAGUGAACUCUUCCAGCAACACUUAGACGGCGCAGUCUACUUUGAACUGCGGCAAAAAGUGUUGGGGGCCAGUGGCCACACAGCGUCAGCUUUGAAGGACUUUGUGGUAACAGUGGGCGGUUGGAGACCAUGGAGUUUAAGAAUAGAUUUGCAUGUGGCAGUUCUAGAUUUGAAGAAAAUGACACUGUCCGAGCCUUCGUUGGCUUCUGGGUCUGAGAGGCCUCAGCGCAGACUCCGCCACUCCAGCUGUACUGUUUGCCCUGGAAAUUCCCCGUGCAUUCUGGUCUUGGGAGGCUGCAAUGACAAGACUCAUGACCCUUGUGACGGGCUCCAAACGUUGCUUUUUCUGCAACUUCUUCCAGGUUGUACUUCGGGAGAUGCAAAGUUGACUGAGUUGACUGAGAGUGCAGAUAGAUUGGAACUGAACUGGAAGAAGGUACCUGCAAGCGGACAAGUUCCCCAAGCAAUCUGGCAUCAUGCAGCGGAUUCGUUCUCAAGCGGCAAGAAAGUUGUGGUUUUCGGGGGAGACAUUCCUCCUCGCGAUCCGGAGUUUAUUUUCAUCGGUGACAGAGCAUAUGCAAAUUAUGUUUACAUCUUGGAGGUGGACUCACAGCGAUGGGAGCGCGUCCAGACACAAGGUCAGGUUCCGCACUGGCGAUCCUUGCAUUUUGGUGCCACAUUUUCUUCGCUUACAACAGCAGAGCACUUCGUGAUCAUGGGUGGCUGUGAGGAACAUCUUGAAAUUUUCCAUGGAGGUAGGCCAGCUACCAUGCGCGGCUACUCCCUAAAUCUUUCAACACUGCGGUGGAAGCGUGGUGCUACCAGGAGAAAAGGCAGUGAACUCUUUGUCCCAGCACCGAGGAUGCGUUUUGGUGCACAGCGAUAUGGGCGGCAUUUGCUGGUCUAUGGCGGCCAUGGGAUUGAAGCGAUCCCUGAAGAUGAAGAACUUCUGGUGCUGAACGCGACAGAUUUGGAGUGGCGAAAGGCCGAAGUCGCGAACGAAGCUUCUGAGUUUGGCGUGGCACCUGCCGCAGCAUUGGCCGGUGGAUGCGUCCUUGGAGGGGUCCAGCUUGGUCCCAGAGGGGUUUGCUACGCAUCAUUGGGCAGCGGCUUGCUGCGCUUUGACUUUUGCUUACUGGAGAUGCUCCUGGCCAAAGGUGUGCCAGUGACAUCUGUGCAUUUGGUAGAUUCGCAAUAUGAACCUGAUGCUCAGGGUUACAUGCGGCACAAAGUGGCCCUUGCUCAAUUUGCGGCGUGGUUCUCUUCUCGUGGAGUGGAGGUUUACGUGCACUACUCUUUGGAAAGAUAUGCUUUCGAGGCCAGAAGAACUUCGGCCUUGCCUAAGAUGGUGCUUCAGGUGGAUUGCUUUGAACUCACAGCUGCUUUUGACCAGGAGGUCAAGCCAACGCUGGAGGAAGUGCUGGAGCUGGGUGGUCUUUACUGUGCACUCACCUCAAGAGAGGGUGCUAGUGGGGCCGGGUCAAUGGGCUCUACUUGCGCCUGGGCAGAGAUUUGGCGUCUAAUUCCAGAAACUGGUCGGAUGAAGAUGGAGUCGCUGACUUGUUUCAGGCCCGGGGAUGUGCGUGGUAUAGAUGUCGACGUGGACAAACCUUUGCCACGCGUCGCUGGUUGCUUCUGCCUGCCACGGCAGACCUUGACUUUGGAAAAGCAGCACAGUGACAGAUCCCUGCCCGUCUUGAAGCAAAUCAGUCCAAUGGUCAAGGAAAAUCUUCGAAGUCCGCCAGAAAAGCUAAAGCCAAUGGCCGCCCGUGAUCCCAUGGACGCUCUCCCCAAGGUGAGUGACUCAGAAAUGCCAAAGGCUUUCGCCAAAUUCCCACAGAUUGACUGGGACCAGCCAGUGAACAAGUCUGUUCUUUCUAAAGCUGUUGCGGAUAUUGUCAAGAAGGAGCAGAUAAAAGACACAAAGAGGCUCAAAGCGGCCCUUGCAAGGCUGUCAAAAGUCUACGAGAAGCAAGUUGGGCCAGAUGGCUUUGCUCUGAUUGGCAAGCCACUGCGAUUGAACGAGGAGACACGUUUUGCAUGCUUUUGCAUGGGCUUUCAUUAG